AUGGUUUUCAGUAACAAAUGUAUAGACCUAGAGCAUGUGAAUGAUAGUCAAUUCCUUGCGGAACCUUUCAGCGCUGGGCUACUGCACGUAGACGGACAUGUUUCACCGACACACUUGUUCGUAGACGCAACGUUUGAAAUGGCGGUUACCCUCCACACAGAUCUAGGUGAAAUUAAAAUUGAAUUGUUUUGUGAGCGCACACCGAAAACAUGUGAGAAUUUUCUUGCCUUGUGUGCCAGUGGGUUCUACAACGGCUGCAUAUUCCACAGAAAUAUUAAAGGUUUCAUGGUUCAAACUGGAGACCCGACAGGCACAGGCAAAGGUGGAACAAGUAUAUGGGGUCGCAAAUUUGAAGAUGAGUAUAGUGAACACCUAAAACAUAAUGUAAGAGGAGUGGUCUCAAUGGCAAACAAUGGCCCAAACACAAACGGCUCCCAGUUUUUCUUCACAUAUGCCAAACAGCCCCAUCUGGACAUGAAAUACACAGUGUUUGGAAAGAUUAUCGAUGGCCUGGAAACACUGGAUGAACUGGAGAAACUGCCCGUCAAUGAAAAGACGUUCCGACCACUGACUGAAACUCGGAUAAAGGAUGUCACCAUUCAUGCCAAUCCUUUUGCGGGAUAGGCCACUUUCUCUUCAAAUAUGCAGAUAGGCCUUUAACAGAUGUGGACUGUUCAUCAUGCCAGCUUAUACAGUGUGCAGUGUACCUUUCCGACAUUACACUGGAUAACUUGUCAGAGGCUAGAAAUUGGAGAGAAAUGCAACGACCAGGAUCCUGACAGAGGUCAUUUGGGGAGAAAUUACCUUAUGGUUUAAAUAAGUCAACCCAUUCAUUGCUGACCAUGGAUUAGUGCCAGAUAUUGCAUGCCAGAGCUAAUGUCAGGUGUAUGCUUUCUCCACUUUCUAGCUACGUGGUUAUGAAUUUUAAGAAAUGGUUUGCAUCUCCUUCAAAACCAUAUUGAUGUGACAAAACUUUUGUAAUGAUGAAGUUUAGGUAUAUUCUUAACAUAUUGCUCUUCAUGCAUUCACAAUUUGGUCCAAAAACAAAACACUGCUUACUUUGUACAGCACUGCUAUUAUUUUUUUUCUUUCCUGAUAGAUUCUGUAAAUAAAUUGCCAAUGUUUUGUACUGAAUAAAAUUUGUACAAAUAA